AUGGAAUGGGGCCCCCUGGGAGUGCGGAAGGACGUGACCCCCUCACAGGGCUGCCCCGCCCUCGGGAUCACGGUGCCGACCACGGAGCACGAGCUGGUUCGCCUGGAGCUCGACCAAUCAGGACACGCCCUACUCUAUCUCGGCCAAUCAGAGCAGCGUUCCAACGACCGCAAGCUGCGACCUACUUCCUUCCAGCCACCUCUACUCCAGUGCAACGCUCCAGAACUUCCGCCGCUGACUCACUUCCUCAACUCCUUUAACGGCGCCGCCAGGGCCUCCCUCGCCCUCCCUUUGGCAUCCGUCGUCUUUCUCAUCCUCUAA